AUGAAAUUUCUGGUGAUCGUGUUUGUGGCCCUGUUUGCUUUGGCCUCAGCCCUGCCUCAGUUUGGAGGAUUCGGCGGCGGCUUUGGUGGCGAACAGCAGCAGCAACAGCAGCAGGAUGCAGGUUUCGGCGGUGGAUUCGGUGGAGGCUUUGGUGGAGAGCAGCAGCAACAGCAGCAGGAGAGCUCAUCCUUCGGCGGUGGAUUCGGAGGCGGCUUUGGCCAACAGCAGCAGCAGCAGGAGCAGCAAGAAGGUGGCUUCGGUGGCUUCGGCGGUGGAUUCGGUGGCGAACAGCAGCAGCAACAACAGCAGCAGGGCGGAUUCUUCUAAAUAUUAGAAGAACUGGGAACCGACUUGAGCUGCCCGACGUUAUAAUGCCAUUGGAAGUCCCUCUGGGAGAGACUUGAGACCUGUUAAAUUUUAUAGAUCUAAGAAUAAAAUAUAAA